CGUAACGACGACGCUUGUGACGGCAGCAGAACAGCGACAGAAACAGAGUCGUCCACCACUCGGCCCGACCCUCGCGUGCCGGUAUUCUAGCUACUGGCGCCGCCCGGGUUUUGACACCCUGCUUUGCUGGACCUGGCGACCUGGCGUGACCGGUCAGCCAUGGCAGCUCCCCGCGGACGGUGAUCGAGGGAUACACCAAUACCCUGCCCGCCACUACACAUCAUCGCGCCAUGGCUGCCACAGCCCCGGACCCCGACACCGUGCUGCUUGAAAGCGGCAUGAUGGAGCAGUUGCCCUCCUCGCCACCCGCACCAGCGGCAGUAGCACCCGCAGCACCAACCCCAGCUGAAGCGCCUGCUACAGCCAGCCCUCCUAGCCCCGUGGCCGAAGCUACAGCCGCCAGCAGCGCUCCCUCAGGCGGGCCGCUCGCCUCCGCAGCGCCGCAUCUGACGAUGCAAGAGCCCGCCAGCCCUUCGGCCCUUGCUACAGCCGGCGGCAGCGAUGAUGGUGAUGGUGGUGGUGGCGGUGGCUUCAGAUCUGGACGGGAUGGCAGUAGCACAGCCGAGGGCGCGGAGCCAACUUCGGCGGCAGAGGCCAGCACGGCGGCGCCAGACACGCCCCCAGGCGCAGCAACCGACUCGGAGCGGCUUGCCGGGAGGCUGGGCAGCAGAACUGGUGGUGGUGCUCCAGGCACAGAGGGUGCUGGCGGCGGUGGCGCCGGCGGCGGCGGCGGCGGCUGGCAGGCGGAGGCGGCGGCGGCGGUGCGACUGGCGUCUCUGAACCAACGGCUGGAGGUGGGCUGGCGCACCGAGCUGGCGGCGCGGGAGGCGGCGCUGGACGCGCAAGGGGCGGCGGUGCGCGCCCGCGAGGAGGCGGUGGGCGCCCGCGAGGAGGCGGUAGGCGCCCGCGAGCGCUCCAUCGCCUCCCGUGAGCUGGCGCUGGAGUCACGUGAGGCCGUGGUACGGCAGGCCGCCGUGCAGCUGGGGCUCAUGCCGCCGCCGCCGCCGCCGCCAGUUGCGGCGGCGGCGCAGCCGGUGCAGGCGGCGGCGGCGGCGGCGGUCGGCAGGAGGAGGCAGCCGCGCCGUGGCGGCGGCAAAGGCGGCAAGGGCCAAGCGGCGGAGGGUGCGGGCGACGGUGGGGCUGCUGGAGGAGGAGGAGGAGGUGGUGCUAUGACUGAGGGAGGGGAGCAGGCCGCGGUGGCAGCGUUGCUGCACCUGAGUGGGGACGUCGGCGGGGCGGGGGCGGGGGGCUCGGGGGCGGGAGGGCCUGUGGGGGCCGGUGCCGUCGGAAGUAGGGGCGAUGGGGCUGGGGGCCGGCGGCAGCGCAGCGGCAACAUCAGCAACACUCAGCGGCGCCGCCAGCAGCGGCAGAAGGCAAGGCAGCGGGCAGCUGCGGGAGGCGAUGAUGGCGGCGGCGGCAGCGAAGGUGCUGGCGGUGGCAGUGAUGCUGGCGAGGUGGCGCCGGGUGGCGAGGCGGAGGCGGUGGGAACGGAGGCGGCAAUGCCGGCUGCAGCGCUUGGGUAGGCCGAGGCGCGUGGGAAGUGUAUGGUGAAUGCGACAUGCUACCGUAUUCGUUUGGAGACGAGUGGAGCAGUUACGGACCGGGAAGCUUCACUGUUGCCGCAAGCAAGGCAGACGUAGUGCAUGACGAAUGGCAUGGACACAGGUAGAGAGCGUUUGCAGGAUAUUGUAUGACUGUAUGAGGUCAGUCACUUUGUCGAGUACUUCUGACGCCUUCGGAUUGAAGUGAUUUGAAAGGCUUGCUGAUCUGGCCUGAGACGUAGACAAUGAGCA